AUGUACCCGGUUGAUAAUUACAAAAAUGGACUGAAAUUUGUUAAGAAUUUAGAUCACAACAUUAUGUUGAAGACUAUACAGAACUUGUGCUACAAUAAGACUUCCAAUUUCAACAUGACGUCACCGUUCUUGGUCGACAACAUACUGCAUCAGCAGAAGAGCGACUUCCAGAGCCAGUAUUUGAAUCAGCAGCUGGAGAACUACGUGCUGCAGCGUCAGAGCUACUCCCGGGAGGAUUCGCCGGACGCGGACGAGCCGAAAUGCGACGCGGACGAUGAGAACCGGGAGGAUUGCGCAGAAGAAAACAAAAUCGAACUGGACGAGGACUCGAAAAGUAACGACGAAUGUUAUACAAACGUUAAAAAUGAGUUUUACAAUAACGAUUACUACAACCAGGAGCCCAGGGCCGAGAAGGAGGUGCUAUCAGUCCCGAGUCUGGCCAGACGCUGCCACGUCUGCGGCUCAGACUGCCCGCCAUUCGCGUGCAGGAAGUCUGGUAUAAGACGCUUGGAGGAAUUAGAGAAGCGGUUCAAUUUGAACAGUUACAACGAGAAUUCUGGCGACGAAGCUGACAAAGAGAAGAGUUACAACACCGAGGAGAUGGUCCGCGGCUGCGAGGAGUACAGCAGUGAGCAGAAGAAGCCCUUAUUGAAAUUCAGUGUUAGUGCUAUUCUGGGUGAUCGCGGGGAAGGCAUCGGAAAAAAUAGCAGCAUCGGCGAUUACCGCCAGCCGAUGAUGGGGAACCCCUGGCCGAUCGCGAAGCCCAUCGCCAGCCGACCGGUUCCAGUACAACACCAGCAUCUGCAGCACCUCCUAGCGCACUGCCACCAUCCCUACUUGGCCGUGAGACCGGCACAGGCCCACACCCAAGUGUUUCCCCUGCCGGGGGGCUUCCCGUGGGCUCACAGUUCUAGAGGCAAGCCUCGUCGCGGCAUGAUGAGGCGGGCAGUGUUCUCGGACCUCCAGCGCAAGGGUCUGGAGAAACGCUUUCAGGUGCAGAAGUACAUCUCGAAGCCGGACAGGAAGAAGUUGGCCGAAAAACUAGGUCUCAAAGACAGCCAGGUCAAAAUCUGGUUCCAAAACCGACGUAUGAAAUGGCGGAACUCGAAAGAGCGGGAACUUCUCGCGUCCGGCGGUUCCCGGGAACAAACUUUGCCCAACAAGAACAAUCCCCACCCCGACCUGUCGGACGCGGAGGCUGACAAACAGAAGCUGUCUCCUCUAUCGCCUAUAAACGACGAGCAAAACGAAGAGAAGUCGAAAGUAUACCCGACCACAUCCGAGUUUCAGGGAUACGAAGCCAAGAUGAGCGCCGGAGCGCUGUUCGCGCGGGAGUUUCCCAAUAUCGAGGACGCGGAGGAGUUCGACAGCGACGCCAGCGCCUCCGACGAGGAAAUCAACGUGACCUGA